AUGGAGGCCCACGUAGAGUCAGAUGCUAUGGAGACACACGCAGAAAUUCGUAAAUUCAUGGAUAUCUAUCAAGGUCAGGCGCUGGAGUACAAUUUGUCAUUAUCAAGUGGAAAAAAUGGUUUAAUGGUAGUUUCAAUAUAUAAAAACUAUGCCAAAGGCGUUCAACUCACCGAGGAAAAUUUAAAAUUGGCAUAUUUACUUGGCUGGUGUCUAGAAUUGCUACACCUAACAAUCAUUAUCACCGAUGACAUGAUCGAUAACAGCUACCAACGUCGCGGUCAACCGUGUUGGUUCAGAGUGGAUGGGGUUGGACUGAAUGCCAUUAAUGAUGCCUUUAUGGCUGAGAACGGCGUGUUCGUGUUACUCAAAAAACAUUUCCGUCACUUGGAUUGUUAUAUGGACCUUGUUGAAUUAUUUCAUGAAAAUAUCUUUAACUGUAUGUGUGGACAGAAUAUGGAUAUGAUACUUACAACAAAACACGUAAGCACCUUCAAUAUGGAAAGCUACGAAACGCUUGUGAUGAAUAAAACUUCCAGUUACUCUUUUUAUUUGCCCAUUCACUUGGGUUUGCGAUUGGCGGGGGUUGAGGAUAAGCAGGUAUACGAUGAAUGCGCAGCCAUUACCUUUGAUAUGGGUCAUUACAAUCAAGUACAAAAUGAUUUUCUCGAUUGCUUCGGCAACCCUGCUGUCACUGGCAAAGUUGGCAUUGACAUACAGACCAACAAAUAUUCAUGGCUAGCGGUAAAGUGCAUGCAAUUGGCUUACCCACAGCAGAAGGCGAUAAUGGAGGAGUGUUAUGGGAAAAAUGAUCCCCAGAAGGUUGCGCGUGUCAAAAAACUUUACGAAGAAUUGAAUUUACCUAGCAUCUACAAUAAAUAUGAAGAAGAAAUGGUAAGAAAAAUUAAGAAGCGCAUUCAACAGGCUCCAGUUGAUGUGCCACGUGAAGCUCUCUUGAAAAUUCUAGAACAAAAUCGUAAAGCUGAAAUUAAAUAA